AUGUGACGUGUGAGCCGCUCCCCAUUUCCAAUGUACCAGAACUUAUUAUCUGACACGAUGUGCAGGCUUAUCGUGGGUGCUGGACCAGCGGGGUAUGUAACGCCCAGCGUCCAAUCGAUCACGAGGUUUGACAAAAGACGCAAAUGCUGACAACGCCGAUAUAUCGUAAAGUCUGAUGCUAGCAGCAUGGAUGGCGAGAUGCGGUAUCAACGCCCGGAUUGUCGAUAAGAGAGGGACGAAGAUCUACGCUGGGCAAGCGGAUGGGUUGCAGAUGCGCAGCUUGGAGAUCUUUGAUAGCUUUGGGUUUGCGGAUCGGGCUUGGAAGGAGGCGAAUCAUAUGAUUGAGAUGUGUAUGUGGAAUCCAGGACAGGACGGCGUGAUUCGACGAUCUGACCGUGUACCCGACGUUCCGGUUGGCCUCUCCAGAUUCCAGCAGAUUGUUUUGCAUCAAGGUCGUAUUGAACGAUUCUUCCUCGAUCAUAUCAAGAAGCACUCAGAAGACCGCAUCCGCGUAGAGCGUGGCGUGUUGCCCGAAGUCAUGUCAUUUUCUGAAGAGGAGUUUAAUGAUCAUUCAAUAGAUACGUAUCCCAUAACGGUGAAGCUGAGGCACUUAACGGAAGAGGAGGCAAUGCCUGAGCAGAGCAAAGCGAGUGAAGUAUCGGAUGGGUUGUUCAGGAGCAACCUGGCUGCCGAUGACACAGACGAUCUUAUCCGACAGAGUGUGGGGAAGGAAGGCACGGCGGAAAUCGUACGAGCAAAGUAUGUGGUCGGCUGUGAUGGAGCACAUAGUUGGACGAGGAAGCAGUUGGGAUUCGAGUUAGAGGGCGAACCCACUGAUUUCAUCUGGGGUGUAUUGGAUAUCAUACCGAUCACUGACUUCCCCGACAUCCGCAUGCGAUGUGCCAUCCACAGUGCUUCAUCCGGCUCUAUGAUGGUUAUUCCUCGAGAAAACAAACUCGUGCGCUUGUAUAUUCAACUCACAGAGAUCAAGCCUGAUGCAUCCGGGCGUGCAGAUCGGUCGAAGAUCACGCCGGCGACCAUCAUUGCCGCCGCACAAAAGAUAAUAGCACCUUACAAGCUUACCUACGAGUAUUGUGACUGGUGGACGGCGUAUCAGAUUGGCCAACGAGUUGGCACGAAUUUUGACUACAGUAGUCGCGUGUUUCUUGCCGGCGACGCAGUACACACGCAUUCACCGAAAGCAGGACAGGGCAUGAAUGUCAGUAUGCAAGAUGCAUAUAACCUAGGAUGGAAGCUUGGUCUCGUGAUCAGGGGAAUCGCUCGACCCGAGAUCCUGAAAACUUAUCAAUCAGAGAGGAGGCGAGUCGCCCAGGACUUGAUUGCAUUCGACCACAAGUUCUCCCGCCUGUUCUCAGGCCGACCCGCGAAGGACGUCUUGGAUGAAGAAGGCGUGAGCAUGGAAGCUUUCCGGGAUGCUUUUGUGAAAGGAAACAUGUUUGCCUCUGGUCUGUCAGUGGAUUACGGCUCCAGCAUGCUCAUUGCGAAAGAGGGCUCUUCCAUCGACCAAGGCGACGGGACUGAUGUUUCGUCCUCAUAUACCAAAACCCGCGUCGUCGGCAGGCAGGAACUAGCUACGAACAUCAAGCUUGGAAUGCGUUUCCCCAAUUAUAAGGUGCUCAACCAGUCUGACGCUCGGCCAUGGCAUCUACAGGAGAAUUUACGUAGCGACGGACGAUUCCGCAUCAUCGUAUUCGCAGGAGAUGUGCUCUUCUCCACUCAGAAAUCGAAACUCGAAGCAUUCUGCGACUUGCUGUCCUCGUCGCAGUUUCUCGCCCCUUAUCUACACAGGAACAUUGCCAUGCUUACUGUUCAUUCCUCGAAGCGGACUGAAACUGAAUUACUGCGGGACUUCCCGGAGGUCUUACAUCCAUUUGAUACUCGGACGGGCUGGGACUACGACAGCGUAUUCGUCGAUGAUGAAAGCUACCACGAGGGAUUUGGAGAUGCCUACAACGGCUAUGGGGUAGACAAAGAGGCUGGAUGCGUAGUAAUCACAAGGCCAGACCAAUAUGUAGGGUUCAUUGGCUCGCUGAACGAGCAAGGAUGGGAGGGAGUUGAGGGAUAUUUCAAGGGCGUUCUGAUGAGUUGAAAAAACGACAUGAUGUGUAGACAUGAAUCUACUUGGUACUCCACUACAUUAUCACAGAACAAUUGACGAGCUUUGAUG